UUUUGAUAACGUAUCCCUCCAGGAUCAGGAUGGCCAACCAGGAAGAGCAUCUGCUGAUCAACUUGAACACGAAAUAUGCUGAUGUGGUGAUAGAUAUUGGGAAAAUGCUUGUCGGAGAGAGUUGCAGAAAGAAGAUGACCUCUUUGAAUCAGAAAAGACAACGAAGGGACCUUUCCAUAGCAGUGUGUGCAUUGCUGAAUUCAGGAGGAGGAAUAGUGAGGAUGGAGAGUGAGGACAGGAAUUACUGCCUCCGGGAGCAUGGCAUUGGUCUGGACAUCGAGAACAGCCUCCGGGAUUGCAUUGGCAGCAAUGAGAUUGGUGAAUACUUCACGUGGAUGCAGGAGGGGAGUAACUUGCUGCUCUUUGUUAAAACAUGGAGCUGUGGAGGCCUGGAACAAGGAAGUGCAGAAGCCACCAAGCCGCGUCUCUGCAGCCUGAGCACUGGUUUGUUUUGUAGGUCCGGUACUUCUGUUUUCCCUGUCAAGUCAAGAGAUGCACCUGAAUUCCUGAGGGGGAAGAAGAGCUCUGCCAAGUGCAACAGUAUGAAUGAGCAGAGUGCCAAGAGAGCUCUGCUGAGAUUUUUUGGUGGAGCAAAUGAAACUCCUCUGAACAUCCAGGAGCACGACAUCCAAGAUGCUGCAGCCAGGUUUCUAAAGAGAGACAAAGUGCUGGUUGGGGAGGUCCUGGGUUUCACAGAGACAACUCAUAUUGAAUUUAAGCAAUACAGUACAAGGAAUAUCUUGGAAUACAUGAGCAAAAACCUUCCUAAUUAUGUCUCUGCCUUUGCAAACACUGAGGGUGGAUAUUUAUUUUUUGGUGUGGAUGACAACGGUAAAGUCACUGGAACCCACAGUAAUGUGGAGAAAGAAGCCUUAGAACAAACAGUGGCCAAGACCAUUCUCUCUCUGCCUGUCUAUCAUUCCUGUGGCUCUGGGGCUCUGGGAGUGCAGUUCCAGACACACACCCUGGAUGUUUAUGACCAAGCAGGAUGUUCACAGGGCUACAUCUGCGCUGUGCACGUUGAACGGUCCUGCUGCCCUGUGUUCCAUGGUGACCCCGAAUCCUGGAUGGUGAUGGGUGGCAAGAUUGAAAGACUGAGAGCUGGGAAAUGGAUGGAGCUCAUGACAGCUUCAGACCCAG